UUGUUCCUUCCACGCCGAAGAGCUCACUUGAUGCCCAUGUCGUCGCCGUGGCUCAGCAACCGCGAGGAAUUCAACCACAGCCAGAGCAGCAGGAGCAACAGCAACAGCAGCAUGGCAAGCGGUGAGUUACUGGGCGAACGUCAGCCGCUGCUCGGACCGGGAAGUCCGGGUAGACGCACAGCCGCCGCUCUAUCGCCCAGCACCGGCCAUUCCUCCGAUCAAUUGCGACGCAGCAUCCACCAGAGUGAACAGCAUCGUCGCCAGUGCACCGACAUCUUCUUCCUGGGCUGUCUCGCCACCUACUGGAUCGGGAUGGUGGCACUAGCCAUCACUGCCUUCACACACAAGAGUAAUGUGAGCUUCGCCAAGGAGAUAAAAAGCGGCGUGGACUUCCAGGGUCAACCGUGUGGGCAGCAUCAGUUCGUGUACUUCCCAGACUACAUGGAGAAUCCGGAUUUCGGCUUCUGCGUGGAUAGAUGUCCCCGCAGAGAUGGAGAGAUCAUGACAGUGGAUUUACCCUUGGAAUCCGGGAAAAGAGUCAAUGGAUCGCGCGAAAUGCACCGAAUUCAGUUCACAUCGUACGCUACUCAUCGAUGGGCGUACGUGUGUGCACCGACGGAAGUAAAUUCGGAACAGGUGAUGAUCCGACAAUUACAGGACACGUUAGGGCGCUUUGUGGGUGCACUAGGAAAUUGCUGGCAGGUUCUAAUGAUCGCGACAGCCAUCUCUUUAUCGACAGCGGGGCUGUAUUUGGUGCUGUUACGGUAUUGCGGUUGCAUUAGCGUACUGUUAUCGACUGCAGCAAUUGAAUCAACGCUCGUAUACUGCAGUUAUCGACUGCUACAUGCGGCGUCAGACCCGCUAUCGUACGAGAACGACCCCGUUAUGCUAAGUUCGCUGCAGAUCAGUGCAGUCGUCAUGUGCUGCGCUGCCAUUCUGUUCUUCCUGUUUGCAAUGGUCAAUAUGUCUCGACUCCUACUAGCUGGCGCCUUUAUUUCCCAUGCAGCAAGAGCGUUAUCCCAACUGAAGAGGCUUCUGGUGCUCCCGUUCAUCUCCUACGUGCUGCUCGUGUUGCUGUUCGGCUGGGGCAUUCUCGUCACUGUCUGCAUCUUCGGAGCUGGAGAGACUUCGAGUCGUAUCGCGACUAUAUCAGCUACUUCACCGUCAACGAUCCGUGUGGUUACGGAGUCAUUCCAAGUGAGUACCAAGUUACGGUGGCUGUUUCUCUAUCAUCUCUGGGGCAUGUACUGGUCGGUGAAUUUCGUGCUGGCAAUUGGAGAGAUGAUCACGGCUACUGCGAUGUCGUUAUGGUAUUUCUCACCGGAGAACAGAAUCACGGGUCUGAAGGAGUUUGAAGAACCCGAUCCAGUAUCCUAUUCAGCGCAUACGACGAUCAAGUAUCACCUCGGAACGUUAGCGUUGAGCUCGGCAUCGGUAGCGCCGGUAGAACACAUCCGCUCGUUCUUCUUGUACCUCGAAAACAAGAACGAAUUUGACGCCAACGCAGUCACGGAGUUCGCCGCCAAAUGCUGCUGUUGCUGUAUUUGGUGCUUUAAGCAUUGUCUCAAGUACAUUUGCAAGGAAGCAGUGUACGUCACUGCGAUCCAAGGCACGGAUUUCUACACAUCUGGAAAGAUGGCGUACACGUUGAUUUCGUCCAACUUGAUCCGGGUCGGAGCACUUAGUCGGAUCGGGCAUGCGUCGGUUCUCCUCGGUAAACUGAUCGUAUGCACCACCACGGGACUCAUAGCGUGGUUCCUCCUUGAAGAUGUACGUGGCAGAGGUUGAGUGGAUUUUUAGGAUACUCCGAUCUGAUCUUCACGCUGUCCUGUGACUUUAGGCUCCUUCGCCUAUUCUACCGCUGAUUGUCAUCAUGCUCUUCUCCUACAGCGUAGCACACGCUUUUAUGACGAUUUACGAGACGUCGAUUAACAUGCUGCUCAUGUGCUUCACACUGGACGAGAACUUGCAUGGCGGCCGCGGCAACUCGGCCCACGCUUCGGCGCCGCUUAUCCGGUCGGUGAAUGAUCACUUGCGACCUAAGUGGCAAACGGCUUUGUAGGGCUUGGACAGUAACUCUCGUUUUUUAUCGCUUAUAACAAAAUAUCUGGAUAGUAUCCGGGUACUCUGAUGCAGUUCAAAGAGUUUUUCGAGCCAACCGUUCAUGUUUUCGGUAGUUGCAAUGUCAUGGAACUUCAAACUAAG